UAAUCACACACGAAGACAGAAGCCCGAUCGAUAUACGCGCCGUGCAAAGGAGCCGGCUCUUCCACAGCGGUAUCGGCGCUAUGUACCCUUGCCCUGUGCGAUGUCCCUGCCUGCUGCAACCGAGAUCGCUACAGUAUGUUGGGGGGAAAUGGUCAUAGGUAUUUUUUAGAAAACACAGAAUAUUUGCCAUUCCACUCUUGUGACGUAUCGGCGUCACCGCCCUCACAAUCCGAGUGCCACAGUUGAAGUGCAUUUUUACCAUUUCAUAUGCAAGCUAUUUAGACUGAUUCACAGCAAAAAUAACAGGAAUCCUUACAAUUUCACGAAUUAUUUGCUGCGUGUUAUGGCGGCUGGACGGGAAGAGCCUUUAAUCGUAUCCCUUAAAUCUUUAAACUCGGAUGUCGUCACUGAUGUUACUUUUGUCAACAAAACCAGGCGAAAGGCCAGAGCGUGGUGGCUGGAUUUCCGUGGCGACCCUGUUUCUUACGGAGACAUAGGACCCGAUGCACGGCUGAGGAUGAGCACUUACUUGACUCACCCGUGGAUUUUUCGUGACACGGAUACCGGUGCAAAACUGCUGGUAAAUAUGAAAGAGAUUUACUUUCCUGAACCCAACAAUGUUGAAGAUGGAUGCCUGGUACCCCAUGAUGUGAUUAUCACCACUCCAGUAUACACUUUGCAGGACUGCUGCUUAAUGUUGAUUCGUAAACUGGUAAAGCAGAAAGACUACAGGAAACUGGAAAUCCCACAGUCACUAAGGAAGACUCUCUCGUUUGGACCAAGUUUGGAAAAGGAUCUUCAACAAUAUAAUAAAGAAAAGGCUCUUUGCACAUUGUACUAACUAUGUUUGGUUACAUAAUUAAAAUGUUAAAGUUGCACGUGGAAAUGGAUAUCCUCUACUGCAAAUCUGCAGGCAAACAGGUUUGUCUAUACUAGUCAAUUAAAAUACACAUUAUAGAGCUUAUUUUCAAUUCAAACAAUCCGAACAUCAAUUAUCAUGAUAUUAACAAUACUUUUCUUCAGCCUUGAUUAUUUAUUGUACUGAAAAAUGAUUAUCAGCAAUUGUAUUUCUGACAGUUAUCUAUACUUAAAAAAGAUCAGCAGUGUUCUGUUCUUCUCUUCCUGUAGACAACCGAUUUGUCCAGAAAGAGAUGCAGGGGAGCUGUUAAGUGCCAGGUAAUUAAACUGGGCACCGGAAAAUGACUUCAAUUCAGACCUGCCUUCUACUAUGGGAGAACAGUGUAAGACAGAAACUAACAAUUCAUGUGAGUUAAAAUAUGAAUGAAAGUGACAUUAUUGUCAAACCCAGCUGUACAGUACAUAGCAGCAGUGAUGACUGGUAUUGUUAAUAGCAAGACCCCUAGCAUCUCAGUGUCUCCUUUACAACCUAAUACUGUCCUGGCUGUGUACGGGACCAUGCUCCUGAAUAUCUCUGUAAAAUGAAACAGAACAUAUGGGUUUGGUAAACUAUUUACUGUAUACAUAUUGUGCCUAGAUCGUGUAAAGCUUUGUAUUUAAAUAAUAAAACAAUCAAUGUAAAUGCUUGUUAUAAAUGUACGCUUAAAACUACUUAUGUGAAGGACUAUACCAAUAAAAGUGUUUUUCCUCCUAUUUAUCAAUCACUGUGUGCCAGGAUGGCUUGGAUAUCCACAAGAACUGUUUGACCUUUCAUUUGUUUUCUGUCCUAUAGUUUAAAAUAAUGUCUUCUCACUUUUGCAUGUGGCUAGCCAAUGGAUUUGAAACUUUUAGAACGGAAAUAACUAAUAAAAAGCAGGGCAGCAGCACUUGCCCACUCUCCUAAUGUAUGAAGCAGUCUGGUGGGCACCACUGUUUUAAACAGACAAUUAAACUCAACGUGCAGGCUAAGAGUGGGCCAGUAACUCAGUAGCUAGCGCUUGCCAGCUCAGUAUCUAUCCGUAGAUCCCCCUCCCUGACACCCCACAUUUCAACAAAGGUGUUCUUUUUUUUUUAUGAAGACCCCAAUAUUAAACGAUUGAGAGAGCGUUACAUCUGUUUAGCAAAUGUGAAGUCACUAAAUCAAAGUAUCGUGGUCCCAUUUAACAUGUAGUGUUUCCAUAACCCUGCAGAUAUGCAGUCAUUCUCUCUAAUGAUCUGAGAUAUACAAGGCUUUGACAGUGUGCCACGAAAUGGCUGGUUCUUCCUGUAAUGCCAGCGAUCAAGAGUAGUUAUUUAUUGAAUAUUUGCCAUGUAAAGUACAGUAAAAUGUAUCAAUUGAACCAAAUAACCCCAAAACAUUGCUACUUAACUAAUGCACUUUGUAAUUUCAACGACUGUGAUAAGCAGGUAAUGAUGGCGUUAGUGUUAAUACUUUCACAGACCCAGAUUAGCACUAAUCUUGGGAAUACCAAGGUAAAGUAGUC